AUGUCUUCUAAUCAUAUCUGGAAACUUCGACCCGACCCUACCAAGAACAACUGGCUCGAGAAGCUUUACGAAUGGCGCGACCGUUUCGGGGAUCUGUCGAGUGGGAAAUCACCAUGUCCAAGAACGAGAAUAACAAUCUUCCAUACGGCAGUUCCAAUAAUUCGAGGUAUCCGGAUGGCUGACUGUACUGGUUCUGGGUCCUCAAAGAAGGCCGCUAUGAACGAGGCUUCCCAGAAGUUGAGCGAUCAGGACAAACUGACGCGUUGA